GUCUGGGCGGCGAUUCCCCUGAAGGCGCGGGGCAGCGGCGCUGUCCCCCUGGCAGAGGGUGGGAAGGGGCCCGGCGCGCUCGCUGCGCGUGGGUUCGCUCCGGAAGCGCCGCGCCGGCGGAGCUGGCAGCCCGCCCCCAGUUCGCACUUAGCGGAGAGAGCAAGGGAGACGAGGAGGGAGGGAGCGGCCUGUACUUCCUGAAUCGCCUGCAAACCCAGGGCUCGAGCUCAGCCUGCGCUGCGCCACGAUGUCCGCAGGGUCAGCCAAGAGCCUGGAGAAGGGGAGCGCGCCCCCAGGGCCGGUCCCCGAGGGCCUGAUCCGCGUCUAUAGCAUGAGGUUCUGCCCGUUCGCCCAGAGGACGCGCCUCGUCCUGAAGGCCAAGGGAAUCCGGCAUGAAGUCAUCAACAUCAACCUGAAAAAUAAGCCUGAGUGGUUCUUUAAGAAGAAUCCCGCUGGUCUGGUGCCAGUUCUGGAAAACAACCAGGGUCAACUGAUCUGCGAAUCUGCCAUCACUUGUGAGUACCUGGAUGAAGCAUAUCCAGAGAAGAAGUUGUUGCCAGCUGACCCCUAUGAGAAAGCGUGUCAAAAGAUGGUCUUUGAGUUAUUUUCUAAGGUGCCACCUUUGGUAGGAAGGUUUACGAGAAGCAAAGAUAAGGAAGACUGCUCUGGCCUGAAAGAAGAAUUUCGCCAAGAAUUCAGCAAGCUUGAGGAGGUUCUGACCAAUAAGAAGACAACCUUCUUUGGUGGCAAUUCACUUUCUAUGAUUGAUUACCUCAUCUGGCCCUGGUUUGAACGGCUGGAAGCACUGGAGUUAAAUGAGUUUGUUGCCACAAACCUUCAGUUUGUAAAAAACACAACAUCUGAGAAGCUCAACAAAAGGAGGCAUGCCUUAUUCUGUGAUUAUGCACAUUUUAAAGAACUCUUCUUAAAGAACUACUUUAAAAGGUGUAUAGACCACACUCCAAAACUUAAGCUCUGGGUGGCAGCCAUGCGGAAAGAUCCCACAGUGUCAGCCCUCCUCACUGACGUGAAGACCUUUCAAGGUUUCUUAAAUCUCUACUUGCAGAACAGCUUGGAGGCCUGUGACUACGGGCUCUGAUGGGGGCAGGAGUCAACAGUGAAAAUAUAUCUGAUACUUUCCUUCACUAAUAGGAAUAAAAACAUGCUUUUAUCUUGACAA